AUGGACACUGUCCGUCGCUUUUCGAAGCGCAUCCGCGCACGAACUACAGCUACUGCAACCCCGAGCGAGGCUGAGAGCACAUCACAGCCCCUUCCGCCUGCCCCUACGGGGCCCACUCCGUCCGGUCGACAGGCCUCUUCGCAACCGAAACGUCGGAAGCUUCAGAAGAAGCCCCCGGGCACUUCGAAGCCCAAGCCUCAGGUUCCGACAAUGAAGCCGAUCGGGGAAUACCCAUCGAUCGCGGAGUACCGCGGUGCUGGCGUCACGCCGCCCUCCACCCAGCGCGUCGCGACUGUUCCUGAUGCCCGCGAAAGUGAGCGCGACCUCGAGAGCGGGGCUGAGACUCUGACAGUCGACAAGAGCCCUGCGGAAGACAUCGCGGGAGAAGCAGAUAUCGCAAUCACCGCGGAAGUCGCAACUCCGGCCAACGAGCUCGAUCCCGCAUUUUCUCCUCCCGAUCCCAGCACGAACAACUCCGACUUCAUCUCCGUCCUAGACUCUCUUCCUCUUCCUACCUCCGAGAAAUACAACAUCCCAAAACUCAAGUACACAGUGAAGCUCGCCAUCAACCAUUCAAUUGAGGGCGGCCACCCCAAAUCCGCUCUGGCGCUUCUCUACUUCUGGUCCAAUGCCAUCGAGGACGAGUUCCGUCUCUCUCUGAUUGCCAACUUAGGCGGUGGUGAAGCAGCCAACGACGAGCUUCGGCUUGCUCUUCUCAGCAUGAUCAACCACUCCUACAGCGACGCCCGCAACUGGUACCAGAACUACGUUGACACCGGCGCCGCACGUCUCCCCGACAUGCCCUCCGGUGAGGACUCAAGCUUGUCAUCCGUCAAGUCCGCUGAGCAAGGACCUGCUUUCAAAAUCUCUGAUAUCUAUCGCGAUACCAGUGGUGCCCGGCCUGAGGAAUUGUUUGCGAGCGGCAAGACCAAUACAGCGCCACUGAAGCGGCCCAAGAAACCAUGCCCCGUCAACGAGAGAUCUUUCAAACGCAAGCGCAGAUGGGAAGAAGAUCCAGAGUUGGAUGAAUCCCUGCAGGCCAAGCGCCGUGACUACGACGGGCGGACCAUUCAUGAUAAUGCUCCAGUUGUCCAAUACAGCGCAUGCCGCGAUGAACUGGGACCCCCAGAUGCCAUUGAGCAUCCUUACAACUUUGAUAAUACCACUGAAAUCAACCGCUCUCGAUCCCUCCCCGUUGGCGGAGCCUCAAUUCUUGACCUGGCUCUUCAUGGAGACAAGACAAAGGCACCCUCUAUUGUGUCUGCUAGAAAUUCAGUUUUCGCCGGGAUGAACGGAGGAUCACGACGCCAGAGCAUGAAGAAAUCGCACCCUAUUGAUACCCAGCGCGCACGGUCGCUCUCUGUUGACACGACAGUCUCCAGUCUUUCUUCACUUUCCAACUCCGUCUAUUCAGUCCGGUUUAACGACUGGGCUGCCGACCACGAACCACGCCGCAUGCCGAAUUCUAUUGAGCCCCCUGAGAACAGUGACAACUGCCACCACUGUGGAAAGGGCGGCGAGUUGCUCUGCUGCGACACAUGCGACAAUGCAUUCCACUUCAACUGCUUGGAUCCUCCUUUGGAUCCCAAGAAUCCUCCCAAGGGCGAGUGGCACUGCCCCAAGUGCUCGAUCCGCAACAGCUUUUCGACCUUGAUCGCCCACUCCAAGCACUUCAAGAAAACCGAGUUCCAAGUUCCCCAAGAAAUCAAGGACCAUUUCGAGGGUGUCAACGAGGAAAUCGUGUUCGAUCGCGACUAUGCCCGCAACCCGAAGCACCAGCGCUACUACAAGCCUGCGCCCCACGUGCCGCGGCUGACUAAAGCUCCCAAGCAAGAUGGCCCUACCAUCUACGCGAACCCGCAAUACCUGCGUGAAACCGACGCGAAGGGAGAUCUCAUCCGCUGCUCCAAGUGUGGUCAUACAUCAGGAGGCCGACCCAUUAUCACUUGUGAUUACUGCCCUUGCCGUUUCCAUCUGGAUUGUCUUGAUCCGCCCCGCGCACAUCCCCCUAACCCCAAAGUCGGGUGGAUGUGUCCCAACCAUGUUACUCCUGAGGAUAUGAUUGCCACCAAAGAGGUCGAUGGAUUCCAGCACUUCCGUCGUGUGCGCCGUCCCAAAAACAUGAAGUUCAUUGAUUGUGACAUUCGCCUCCCUGACGACCCCAACCAGAGUAUUUUCGAUGACGACUGGAAAGAACGUCGUGCCCGUUUCUAUGCCGGCGACGUCGUCCUCAAAUUCAUCAGUACUGUCAAAGACGACCACUUCGAACGCCAGACCAAGUAUGCCAACAACGUUGAGCAGAAGUGCCUGGAUCUGACCAAGAAAAUUACCGAGGACUACCUCGCCCGUAAUGGAUUGGCCGGAGCUUCCGACGCCCAGUCAAUGAACAACCUAGCCUCCGACCUGGAGCAGCAAAUCUCGACUUCUGUCCGCGGAAUGAUCACCGGUGCCCCACCACAUGACCGAACCCCCUCGCCAAAGGCUGGAUCUCGAACUGAUGAAGGCAUCGCCGUGGAAUCCUCUCAUGCCACCUCUCCUACCUCACUGAACCACCCCAAGGGCCCAAAGGCCCCCUCGCAUGCAUCUCAGCGGUCGGAGCACGAUGACUCCGACCUCCUGCCCCGAAUUCCUGUCUUCACCUCGGCCAUGUUCAAUCGCAACAAGCGAUCGCGCGCCGAUGACAAGGACCAGGAUUCGGUCGAAGAGCCGGCGCAGAAGCGUCUGCACACCUCGGACACCGAGUAA